UAAUUCUUCUCAUUUCAGGUGCUUGGGCUCUUCGUUUGAAAGCUCUUCAAGUGCCGGAGUCCAUCGUUGUAGGGGAUGUGGCAAGGCUGGUCUGCGUCUUUGACGAGGAGCAGGACGAUCUGUACUCGGUCAAGUGGUACAAAGACGAAGUGGAGUUCUUCCGCUUUCUUCCGAACGACAGACCCGCUAAUCAGUUCUUCGAAAUUGGGGAUGUUGACGUGGACAUGAGCCGGUCUUCGAACGGCACUGUGUACCUGCAGAACACGAGUCUCUCAGCGGAAGGAACAUACCGAUGUGAGGUAUCUGCGGAUGCCCCUUCCUUCCAGUCCAUAUCGUCUGAGAAAUUCAUGGCAGUGCAAGAAAGACCGCCGGUUACGGACAAAUCCACUCAACUGCUCCCCAGGACAAUUCGAACGCUCAUACUUGUGGCCUUCCUUCUGCUCUGCCAGUAAGCCGUUUCGAAACUGGACUUCCAUUGUGCCUGGUGAUGCAGCAGUAGUCGCUUUCUGGAGUUUUCGUUCGCUGUGCUUUGAGCAAUAAUGGUGACGGAAGGACGGACAUCGACCAGUAUGGCCAACCUCUGACGGGUGGUCUUCCUUUUCUCUGUGGACUAAUCGUACAACCGGUGAGAACAGCGAUCGUCUAUGGAGAGCUAAUGAAUCAACCUUUCCCGCUCCUCUGUCCCAGUAAAUUUCAGUUCACUCAUGCGUGUUCUGUGACAUUUGCUUAGAAACAAUUUUGAUUUUACUGCAACGUACUGCAGAUCCAGUAAGCCGGAAUCAGACAAAACAACUCGUUAAAAGAUGUUAAAGGUGCAGGUAACAUUUAUUUAGGAAAAAAGUAAGCUUUCCUUAACGGAAUAAUCAAUCUCACGCCAUGCAGUGAUUUAAUAGUUUAGUUGAACAUUGUAUUCAAGCUUCUUUCGCUUGCCACAAGAAAAGUCCUUCAUUUGAGCUCUUCAAUAAUCUGACAUCAAUGGAACUUUCGAAGCUGCAGUGGAAUUAUUUGUUUAUUGUAACAUAUAUAAUGUUGUUGUUGUUUUUAUGUUUUUUUAUUUGUUUCUCUUUCGGCAAGCGAUAAAUCUUGAGUUUUUUAGAA